GGACCUUAACGGACCUCCUCUGGACUAAUUCAGCCCAUUUCCAUUCGUCAGAAGCUGGAUUAAAGCAGGACGUGCUUGCAUGAAAGAGAGAGACAGACAGUCUUUGUGCAUGUGUGUGUUUUCAUAGACUGUCUAUUCAGGCUCUUGCCCGCUCCACCAGAUUCACAGAAAGCUUCAUCCACCAAGCUGUCAGGAAGCUGAACCCCCCCUCAAAAAAAAAAUCACUCUGGACAAACUGUCUCCUGCACUACUAUUAAUGCUAUAUUUAUUUACUGUUCUUUUGCACUGUUACUGUUACAAAUGCUAUAUCUUACAUAAUUGGUAAUAAUAAUAAUUUUUCUGCUGCCAUUACCAUCUGGCUUUUUGCACUAGCAUAAGUAUUGCAUAUUUUAUAUUAUUGUACAUUUUAUAUUUUAUUGUGAAAUUGAAUGUUUAAAUUUUAUUAUUAGGAACUGAUCUUAUCUGUUGUGCCUGUGCACUUUAUCGGUUUCACUGUUGGUGAAUGAGAAACGUCCUCUCCAGUCCGUAUGUCUGGUGAAUCUGAAGAAUUGACAUUAAAGCUGACUUUGACUUUGAAAUAUUGAGAAAAUUUAGAUCGGUAUUGCGCAACAAUCGGGAGAUGGGUACCCCCCCAAAUAUUGACAGGUAUUUCGCACACUGUCCAAAAUCAUUAUCCUACCUCCAUUCCUGUCAUCACAUAGUGGGAAAACACAAAGUUGCUUCAUAUCAUAGUGUCAGUAAUUAUGCAAAAGCUGCUUAAGUGGGUAUAAAUACAGAACAUCUCAGACAUUCAGUCAUCAAACUGACCAGAUCAGAGCAAAUCUGUGAUUGAAUUGUUUCAACCUGUCCAGCUCUCCUAACAUGAAGACGUUCACCGUUGCCAUCGCUGUGGCCCUCGUGUUCACUUUUAUCUGUAUCCAGGAGAAUUCAGCUGUCACUGCAACUGAGGUGACGGAGGUGCUGACUGAUGAUGGAACACUCACUGCAGACCAUGACAUGCCAGAAGAAUCCUGGAAUGCGCAGUAUGACUCGGUCCAGAUGCGGCGCCGUCGUUGUCGCUGCCGUUUCUGCUGUGGCUGCUGUCCAAACAUGAUCGGCUGUGGAACCUGCUGCAAAUUCUGAGGAGUCCUGGCACCAGCCUGCAAACACUUAAACCAUUACAGAGAUGUAUUUAUUUCACAGAUAAAGUAGUUCUGCUGUUUAAAUUGUUAUGUCAUUUGAAUA